AUGAGUCGCUCGGAUUCUGAGGAUAAUGAUCUGAUAGCCGUGGGGGUGGAAGAUGUGGGAACUUCAACCCAGCGAAUAUUCUUCCUCUGUCGGUUGCAGAACUGGAUGCAAUCAGAGCUUGGUUGCAGCCAACACCUUACGACCUUGAGCAAAGUGAAUACUCCCGACACCGUGCAGCUCAUCAUGCAGGAACAGGCAAAUGGCUCACUUCCGCGGCCACUUUCAAGCAUUGGCGUGAAGGCGACGAUAGUGGACCUCUUUGGAUUAAAGGCAUUCCUCGAUCGGGGAAAUCUGUGA